CCGGGCAGGGCAGGACUGGCUGCAGACUCAGGGAGGGGAAAACUGGUUGCAGACUCCAUUCGGGCAAGGUUGGUUACAGACUCCGGCCGGCCGGGCCUGGCUGCACACCCUGUGCGGGCGAGACUGGCUGAAGACGCCCCAUGGCCAAGCAUGGCAGUCCACUCCUGCGGCCUCUGUCUGGUUAACAAUGGAAGAAUUCUCGCGCACAUUGCAAGCAAUCAGCGAGUAUAUCGUUGUCCCAGAAUCCCCUUUACUGCCAGCUUUCCAAGUGGUCCAACAGUUCAAGACCUUGCCGGAUUUCUUGAUGUUUCUGACGUUUCUGGUAUUAAGGCGCCGGGACCAUUCCACCUUUUCAUUAUCCGAAGGUCUUUCCCCACAAGACAGGGAGGUCAUCCGCGCUAUGAAUGCCUUUAUCACUUUUGCAAACGAAGCACAGGAACAAAGUCGAUCAGCUUCCGACGCCCUCAAGUACGCAUGUCAACACUGGGCCGUCCAUCUCUCCCUUGCUCCCAACCCAUGGGAUAACAUGCUCACUCAUACAUUCCAAGCUUUCUGGGAUCGUCACCUCCUUUCCUGGCUCGAAAGGCAGUGGUGUUUGAACGGUCUACGGUCUUGUCUUGUUGUUUUAUCUCAAGGGCAGAAACUUGCAAAGCUUGGAUCCGCUCACGCACAGGCCAACCAAGUACUGUCAACCAUUGAUCCCAACUUUGAUAUCAAUAACGCUCGAAUCCGCGACCGCUACCUGACUAACACGCCUGCAAUGAGACAAGCAGAACUUGCAGCCCAAAGGCUGGAGAGAACUGCAAGACUGCCAGUAAGCAAUGCAGAAUUCUGUGGUAUAUUUUACGUUUGCCAUACAUUACUAAAAAUAUUACGUCUAAGCGCCGAUGAGGGAUCUACGGGUUAAUAUCGACUUCUAUCGUGCUUCUUGAGCAGCAACACACUCCAAAAGGUCGCACGCACUGGCAGGUUAUUCCGCCAGAGCUUC